AUGCGCAGCAACCGCAGCAGCAGCAGCAGCAGCAGCAGGUCCUGGCCCAGUAUGGUGGUGAGCCCCACGUAUCUCCUGGAUAAGAUUAUAGAGGUUCUCGACACGAUGCAAGACGACUAUUUUCAGCCCUGGCUGGGAACAUGGCCCACAGCAAUCGACUGGACGGCCGCCGUCAUGGGAACGCAUGUCUCUGGUGGCCUCAGCACCAUCUCACGAGCCCUCGAUCUCCUCCCAGGCACGGACAGGUGGGCUAGCAUGGGCAAGGAGAACACUGUCACCCUCUUCUUCUCACAGGUCCUCGGCUUCUAUUUCGGCCAGGACAGCUUCGCCAUCCGGAAUGAGGCUUACGACGAUAUCCUCUGGGUGGUCUUGGGCUGGCUCGAGACCAUCCAGUUCAUCAACCUCCACACCAGCGUCACCUCCCGCCAGGCCCUGGACGCUAUGGACGGGUACAUGGGCCAGCACGGCUUUGAGAAGUGGCACGGGAAUAUAUGGAUCCCCGCCUUCGCCCACCGCAGCAGGAUCUUCUGGAACCUUGCCAAGGCAGGUUGGGACUCGGAUCUCUGUGGUGGCGGGAUGGUCUGGAACCCGAGGCUCGAGCCGUAUAAGAAUGCCAUCACAAACCAGCUCUUCAUCUCGGCAUCAGCAUCCAUGCACUUGUACUUCCCCGGCGACGGCAACCGCUCGCCCUUCUUUAGUGACACGGAUACCACCAGCCCCGAAUUCCUUGUGCGACCGAGCGCGCAGGAUGUUUUUGAGCCUCAGGACCCUGCCUUUCUCCGCUUCGCGAGGGAGGGCUACAGCUGGCUCCAGUCCUCGGGCAUGAUGAACAGCAAGGGCCUCUACAUAGAUGGGUUCCAUAUCUCAGGAUGGGCUGAUCCCAGGAGCACCAACAAGAGAUGUGACGUCCGCAAUGAGCAGGUGUACACCUACAACCAGGGGGUCAUCCUGACGGGGCAGCUCAACCUUUGGAAGAUCACAGGGAAUUACUCGUACGUGGAGGACGGGCACCGGCUCAUCCGAUCCGUCAUCCAGGCUACGGGAUGGCACCUGGGUGAGCAGCGGCCCGCCGAUCGGGGCGUUCCCCGCGCCCACGGCCCGCCGCACCGCUGGAAGGGAAGGAGGCUGCCGCGCUGGCACGGCAUCGGCCGCGCAGGUGUCAUGGAGGAGAUGUGCGACAGCCGUGGCGACUGCUCGCAGGACUCCCAGACCUUCAAGGGCAUCUUCUUCCACCACCUUACGACCUUCUGCGGCGCGUCCCUCUCCUGGUCCGAGUUCGUGGCGCCGCAGAGCGAGACCCCGCGCCAUAUCCGCACGCACACGCACGCGUGCAAGUCGUAUCUCCCCUGGCUCGAGCACAACAGGCACGCUAUGAUGGAGACGCGCGACGGCGCCGGCAGGGUUGGCAUGUGGUGGACCGCUGGCUUGCUGGGCCUGAACGACGAGAUGCCGCCCGACGAGGACUUUGCCGACAUGGUGAAUCCCGACGCGGUGGACUAUAGAAAUGGCGGCGUGCCGGACGACCCCAUGUGGAGGAGGCCCACGCCACCCAUCAAGCCCCCGAGCGUGCCUAAGGUGCCCCUGCCCGGUGUGGAAAAAGAUGAUCGUCUUCUAGCCUUGCGAGAAUCUCUCUCGAAUAAUAAUGAGGGCGGCAACCACAAGCGGGAUCUCAAUGACCGUGGCCGUGGGCGGACAGUCGAGACGCAGGGCGGGGGGCUGGCGCUGCUGAGGGCAUACUGGGAGAUUUCUGAUGGACCGGGCACGGCGAGGGCCCAAGCGACGACUACAGGCGAUGGAUGAACUUUGCAUGUCUGCAAGCUCAGACAGAUAGAUAGGCCCAUCUCACAUUGGCCUGUGUGGUUGGCUCUGCGCGCUCACAUACAUACAUACAUUCCUAAGUACUUAACGAGACAUCAUGAACUAAGUAGCAUUUUACCAUGAAAUAUAUCUACCUGUGAAUCGGCUUUCUGAUCGGAAACCCCCCCCCCCUCCCUUAAAAACGAAAUACCCAGAAAUUUACCUAACAUAGGGAGAAUUCCUCCAAAAUGAAAGCGGUAGUACAACUUGGGAUAUCAGGAUUGGUUCGCAAUAGAUCCUAAAGCGCAUACUUACAAUAUCACCCAAAGAAUGAAAACCCGUCACACCCGCUGUUGCUGCUAUUCACACACGCUCGAAUGCCUGGGCUCUUUGUUGGCCAUGACUUGCCGAUCAUAAUCCGGGAGAUGUUGUCCCGUCCGCUGGUCUUUCUUCUAUUCCCCCCCCCCCCCCCCUCGGUAUCUCUCUUCCUGCGAAAGCAGACGCACCAGUCCACCUGUGCCUCUUUCAUAACGCGAUGCAACCAACGAUCCACCUGGGUUUCAUCUGGGCGACAAAUAUCUCUUCUCCUCUUUCAUCUGCCCGACCAGUGCCCUUUUCUGUAUGGGCUUCUUCUUAAUCCCUCCACUCAUCACCGCCCUUGACGCCACUCGGCACAGCAGCAGCGCUGCUCGAGCUUCCGCCCGUCUCGUCCUCGUCAUCAUCUAGCGCCAUGGCCAGU